AACCGCUUCUUCAGUCGCUGUAGUAAAGUCCGUGGAGCUGCUACGUGGGGCCGCGUCUCUCCACGCGGAGAGCAACAAACUGACGCGGUGCACUUUACACGCGUGGAAUUUAUAUCCUCAGCAGCUGUGGGGUAUUAGAGCUGGAUCUUAUAGGGAUAACUGCCUGAGAGGGGAAUAAGUUUUUUUUUUCUUUCUGGAGUAAAGAAAUUGAUAUUUUUUGUUGUUCAAUUUGUAGGAAUAGAUGUAAUUUAGCUACGGUUGAAGGGUUUGUUUGUCUUUUUUUUUUUUUUUCUGGAGCUUUUGUCGGAGAGAGACACCAGAGAAGGGGCGGCUCGGUGUCCACCUGACCUCCUGGAAAAAAAAAACAGCAGCUAAUGACACUGAGAGCCUUACGUGGCGCAUUAAGCUCCCCAGCUCUUCCCACCGCCGUUUGCGCACCAUUCCCCUUUUUAAACUUAAACUUCUAGGAUAUGUUGGCUUUGGAAUAUUUUCAGAUAGUGAAAUAGUUUGGAACAACUUUUAUCGUUCUAUCCCUGGCCGGACUGGACAUUAUGCGGAUCGUUGAUCCACUCCGGCGCUCCUGAUGCCUCGAACCGGUCCUAUCCAUCGGCUCCAUCCCGGAAUGCCUGCCCUCUAACCCCCCCUGUCCAGAACCCGCUGUGGCGCCGUGUCCCGGUCCAGCCGCCAGGAUGAGCAGCACCGACCUGGAGCGCAUGUCGCUCAGCUCCUCGGCCAACUCGGUGGCUUCCAGCGCCCGCACGCUGUCGGCCAACGUGCGGAAGCUGCACAACGCGCUCAACCUCCUGCUCAGCGACUUCGAGAGGGAGCAGUUCAUCCACUGCCUCAACGUUUACCACACCAAGCGCAACGUUUACGACUUGGUGCAAACCCUCAACGUGAUCCUCAACGCGCCCAGCAAACGGCAGCUGCUCCCCAUGCUGCGGCUGGUCAUCCCCCGCUCGGACCAGCUCCUGUUCGAGCAGUACACCUCGGAGGGGCUUUACUUAAAGUCGGAUUUAGUUGCAAACAACGGCCACGCCGACCCCCCAUCGGGAGACUUCCCCAGCGCCAGUCCGACGCCCUCUGGGAACCUGUCGCCGAACAAACCCCCGGAGUUGCAGGUCGCGCUGCGGGGCUCCCCGGACAGCUUCAGCACCAGCAGCGAGGGGACAGCUCCGCUGGUGCCUCUGCUCGGCAGGAACUUCAUCCAUGAGCCGCCCGGGGAGCUGCGCCAGGUCACCAUGAAGCGGCACAAGAGCAACGAGGGCCUGGGCUUCAGCAUCCGCGGCGGAUCGGAGCAUGGAGUGGGGAUCUACGUGUCCCUGGUGGAGCCCGGGAGCCUGGCGGAGAAACAGGGGCUCCGGAUCGGCGAUCAGAUUAUGAAAGUUAACGAUAAAGUCUUUGAUAAAGUCACCCACGCCGAAGCGGUGAAGGUGCUGAAGGGCAGCAAGAAGCUAAAUCUCUCAGUGCGCUCAGUCGGGAGGAUUCCAGGCGGCUAUGUUACCAACCACGUUUAUACCUGGGUGGAUCCUCAGGGUCGGAGUGUGUCUCCCCCUCCUGAUCUGCUCGAGCACCGGAGCGCCACGCUUAGAAGGACAGACAGUCAGCGACGCAGCAACAUGCAGCUCCUACAAGAGGGAGACGAAAAGAAGGUGAACUUGGUGCUGGAUGACGGACGGUCUCUGGGUUUGAUGAUCAGAGGGGGAGCUGAAUACGCUCUGGGAAUUUACAUCACUGGGGUGGACAAAGGAUCAGCAGCAGAGUGCGGCGGACUCAAGUCUCUGCCUGCUCCACCCUCACCGCCUCGCUCAGCCCCUCCCACCACGCCUCUCUUUUCCACUCCUUCCCCGCAGGUCGGCGACCAGAUCUUGGAGGUGAACGGCCACAACUUCCUGAGCAUCCCGCACGACGAGGCCGUCAGGGUCCUUAAGUCUUCGCGGCACCUCAUGAUGACUGUGAAAGACGUUGGACGCCUGCCGCACGCCAGGACGGUGGUGGGGGAGACCAAGUGGAUUGCCAGCUCGCAGAUUGGCGAGAGCUCCGCCAAUAGCAGCCUGGCGAGCUUCUCUGUGGACCAAGGAGCUUCUGCAGCAGGAAAGCCUGGGUUUUAUAAAGGAGUGGCAGGGUCGCAGGUGACCCUGUCCAGUCUGGUCAACCAAUCCCGUGCCAUGCUGGAGGAGCAGGCACGCCACCUGCUGACUGAGGCCGAACGUCAGACAAUGAGCUACUAUGUGGAGGAGUAUAGGGACGGGCACAUCGGGAUUGAGCAGCUGGUCAUGGCGCUGUUCGAGCUGCUAAACACGCAUGCAAAGUUUUCCCUUCUGUCAGAGGUGCGAGGCCUUGUCACCCCGCAAGAUCUGGAGCGCUUUGAUGGGAUGGUGCUCCGGCGGGAGAUUCAGGCCCUCAAAGCUCGACAGGGGACCACAGGGGCCACAAACAUGCAGCCGGACUGUCUCUCCAUGGUGUCGUAUCCGGACACGCUGACAUCAUCGUCAGCCAGCUUCAUGACCAACACGACGCUCAGCUCUGCACGGGAGAGGCUGCUGUGGCUGAUAGACAUGAUGGAGAACGACAGUGUGGCGGAGAGUAACGAGGGGGAUCCUCCGGAAAGCCUGAACACUCUGCUGACUGACAUCUCUCUGGAUGAUGUUCAGUCCACUGCAGGAGAGCCCCCCCCUUCCUUCAAGCCUCCGCCCCCUCCGGGGGUGCAGAGGCGUCAAGGUAGACGAGAAGUUCUCAUCAAGUGCCCCUCAUCCGAAUCCUCCCAGUCAGGGUUGUGCUUCACAGCACCGAGCUCCCACAGCCACAGCAGAGAGCCGGCCAACAUAACCUCUUCACCUUCACUGCGCCACAAACGGGACGCCUCGCGGGAAUACGCUGCUAUCAAAAAGAAACAUCCCUCAUCUCAGCUCAAGAAAGACAAAAUAACCUCCGCUCAGUUGGCCACAGUCUCCCAGCAUAACAUCGGCCCCUUCCCCAGGGUGCAGUCUCCCAGCAGAGGCCCCAACCUUACGGCCCCCUCCCCAUCUCCCCCACCGCCGCCUCCACUUCCUGCCCCUCCACCACCCCCCUCUCUUUCCUCUAAGCCGGGGUCCUUGUCCAAAGCUGCCCCGGGCUCAUCUCCUGCCACCAAACAGCAGUUUAUAACGGUGGAGGUCCACAGGCCCAACGCUGAACCUGACGUCAACGAGGUGCGGCCGCUGCCCCAGGCUCGAGGUGGAGCACUGUCUCAGCUGUCUGACAGCGGACAAACCCUCAGCGAGGACAGCGGUGUGGACAUACCAGAGUCAGGACACGUCAGCAAAGACAACAGCCCCAAUUCCUCAGGCACACGCCUUCCCCGUGACUCCCAGGAAGGACACGGAGGAGGAGGAGGUGACAACCCCUCCAAACCGCCGGGCCUUUUGGAGCCCACCUCCACUCUAGUGAGGGUGCCAAAGAGUGCCAGCACCCUUGGUAUCGCCAUCGAGGGCGGCGCAAACACUCGCCAGCCGCUGCCACGGAUCGUCACUAUCCAGAGGGGGGGCUCAGCCCAUAACUGCGGUCAGCUGAAGGUCGGUCAGAUCAUCCUGGAGGUAAACGGGGUUUCUUUGAGGGGCAGAGAGCACAGGGACGCCGCUCGCAUCAUCGCCGAGGCUUUCAAGACCAAAGAGAAGGACUACGUGGACUUCCUGGUGACUGAGUUCAAUGUGGCCCUAUAGCUGUGAGCAGGAGGAGAGACAAUGAGGAUGAUGACAAUGUCGGGACCCAGAGAGAAGAUGACUGAACAAUAUCUAACCUUCUUAUUGAUUUGAUGGCACAAAUCGAAAAGAACCAACUGAACUCUGAGCCCUUAUCCUGUUUUCUAAUCAAACCUUUAACUUAAAGGCAACGUGUUACCUCCAACUGUGAGACCCGACACACUGCAGUGGAAAAAAGUGAAUCUUUACCUUUUGGUUUCCUCCCACUGUUAUAACCUACUGACCUGCAGGUUUUUGAACCUCUCCUCGCUUCGUCCAAUAUUAUGUUUAUUUUACAUUUCUUUCUGCUUCUGUCUGAGAGGGAACUGUACAGCUGAAACCAACUGAUGCUUGACUUUACAGGCUCGGAUUUGUACUGUAUGUAAAAAUGGACAUAUGUAGAUACAGAUGGAUAUAUAUACUGCACACAUAAAAUUGCUCCUAUAUAAAUAAAGAAAUAUAAUAUAAA